GUACAGUGCGCGGCCAGGCGGGGAGGGUAGUGUUCCUGGGAGGAGCCGUUUUGAAUUUACAGUGUAUAAAAACUAAAACAGAAGGACUUGUACGGAACAAGAAUCUCAUUGCAUGCAACAUAGGGCGUCACCUCAUCGGCAGCAAUACGCUGUGUUGAGUAGCGCGAGCUGCCUGCCGCCCGCAGCCGCCAUGCCGCCCACCGUCGCCCGCCCGCUGUCGCCGCCCCAUGCCCUCCGCUGCCACCCCCCGCAUCGUGGCUAGAGGGUGACGCCCGCGGCUCUCCCCAGCGGGACGGAUUCUUGCGUGGGCUGUGCGGCACUGCAUCCCAACAGUGGCUUCCUUCCCCCAGCAGUGCCACCCCAGCCCCGUGGCACUUUAUCCCCACCAGCAGUGCCCGAGCGCCUUCAAGACGGCAGCGGAACCCCACAUAGUGGCAGUGUACCCGCAGCCGUGGCACUGUCCCCCCGUCGGCGUCAGCGGACCCCCUGCCGUGGCGCUGUACCCCGACGAGUGGCGCUGCACUCCGAGCAGUGUGACGGUGUCCCCGCGCGUGACGCUGUGCUUCCGCGCCAUGGCGGACCGCCCUCCCAUCAUCCGCAUCCGCUGCGAGGGCUCGGAGGACGAGUGCUGCUCGUCGGGCGGCGAGGAGGUGGCGGCGCAGUGGGGGGCAGCGCGGCCGGCGGCGCCUGACAAAAGGCACUCCGCCCCCGAGAUCAGGAUCAACCCCGGCGCAGUGGCGGCGCCGCUGCCCUCCUCCAGCGUCUCGUCCGCCGUCGCCAGCAACAGCGGCGGCGGGAGUCAGGCGCAGCGCUCGUGGCUGGCACCGCACGCCUCCCUCAUGCCCUCGGGCGCCAGGUACUCGCUGCCGCUCAUGUCGCGCUCAGCGUCAGGUGACAAACGGCUGUCGGCGCCCUCGUGCCUGGCGCCGCCGACGCACUCGGCCUACUACCCGACGUACAGCGCCAGCCCGUCGGCCUACUACAGCUCGCGGCGCUGCAGCCUCGACGAGGGCAUGACCAGCGUGAUCGAGGACGCGUGGCACUACCGCCGCCUGUGUCGCCUCCACCGUAGGCGCUUCUCCGACACGGCGCGGCUGGACACCCCAGGUGGAAACGAGAGCUCCAAUCUCCUGCGCAUGAGGAGUUCUCUGUUAGGCCAGUCUGCGCCGUCUCUUUCGAAUUCUUUGGUGAGUACCCCCUAGAAUUUUUACUAACCCGUUUUCUCUGGUCGCAGCGUAAGUGAAAGAAAACGGUUAUUAUGGGAGACUAUUUUAAAUAGCAUGUACUGUAAGAAUUGAAAGAAAACGGUUGUAUACAUACUCAGAAGUAGAUAUACUUAUGCAUAUUUCUCAGACAAUCACACGAAUUACCUAUAUUCGUAUUUAUGUCAUAUACAUACUGUGCGUGCGUGAUGACAUAUAAUACAUAAAUUAGACUUGACCUGCACCUUUAACACGUUUAUCCAAACGAAAACACACAUACACUCACUCACAUUCACACUCACUCU